CCGGGCGCCGCCGAGGGGCGAGGAGCCAACGGCCUGGGGGCCUGCGAGAACCCCGAGAAGUUCCAGUACGUGGAGAAGAGCCUCUCCUGCGCGCCCAGGUGCUCCCCCGGGGUGGACGUCUACUGGUCCCGGGAGGACAAGGACUUCGCCUUCAUCUGGAUGGCCGUCUGGUCCACCCUCUGCUUUGUCUCCACCGCUUUCACCGUCCUCACCUUCCUGCUCGACCCCCACCGCUUCCAGUACCCCGAGCGGCCCAUCAUCUUCCUCUCCAUGUGCUACAACGUCUACUCCGUGGCCUUCAUCAUUCGCUCGGUGGCGGGGGCCGAGAACAUCGCCUGCGACCGGGAGAACGGCGAGCUCUACAUCAUCCAGGAGGGGCUGGAGAGCACGGGCUGCACCAUCGUCUUCCUCAUCCUCUACUACUUCGGCAUGGCCAGCUCGCUCUGGUGGGUCGUCCUCACCCUCACCUGGUUCCUGGCCGCCGGGAAGAAGUGGGGGCACGAGGCCAUCGAGGCCCACAGCACGGGGCUGUGCUACGUGGGGAGCAUGGACGUCAGCGCCCUGACGGGCUUCGUCCUCAUCCCGCUCUCCUGCUACCUGGUCGUCGGCACCUCCUUCAUCCUCACGGGCUUCGUCGCCCUCUUCCACAUCCGGAAGAUCAUGAAGACGGGCGGCACCAACACGGAGAAGCUGGAGAAGCUGAUGGUGAAGAUCGGGGUCUUCUCUAUCCUCUACACCGUCCCGGCCACCUGCGUCAUCGUCUGCUACUUCUACGAGCGGCUGAACGUGGAUUACUGGAACCUCAGGGCCCUGGAGCAGGGCUGCCUGCACCUCCCCGGCCGCCGCGCCGCCAACUGCUCCUUGGAGGCCUCGGUGCCCACCGUGGCCGUCUUUAUGCUAAAGAUUUUCAUGUCGCUGGUGGUGGGCAUCACCAGCGGGGUGUGGGUGUGGAGCUCCAAGACGCUGCAGACCUGGCAGAGCCUUUGCAACAGAAAGCUGGGCGUGAGGACGAGGGGCAAGCCCUGCAGCGGGGUGAGCUGCG